GCCAGGCCAGCCGUCACCGGCCGCGUCGCCCGCUUCGGGCGCCCCGCCGCCAAGCGCGUCGUACGCUGUGGGGCAGGCCGUUCACGUUUUCUCCCGCAGCAAGGGAUGCUGGAUGGACGCUCGGGUCUCCGAGUUGCUUCUCGACGGCUCCAUCAACAUCAUCUACAGAGGCCACGACCUCCAGGGGAACCGCCUUCAGAAGCUGGUGCCCGCCGCUGACGUCAAGACGGACGUCAUCCCCGCCGCGGCGGCGGCGGGCACGCCAGCAGCGGUGGCGCUCGCAGGCGGCCAGGAGAGCCCCGCGGUGUGCUCUGCGGUCGCAGAGGCUAUGUCGGCCCUGACAGGCUGGGUAUUCCCGCAGGUGCGCGCGGGAGA